GUGGUCGACGGGGAGAAGAAGGAAGCUCGCAGCAGCAGCAGCAGCAGCAGCGGCAGAGGUGCAGGCAUAGCACGGUUGCGCCACGGCAUCCGAACAUUUCUGCAUUCCACCGCCUCUACGCCUUCUUCUUCUCUUCUCUCUCUCUGUCUCUCGCUCUCGGGAGAUCCUCGUCGAUCUCUAACUCAGGCCGGCCGCCAUGUCGAACCUCAAUGAGUUGGUCAACAUGAAAAUCGAGGAUGUGACCGGCAGCAUCAUCGCCGAGUACAUCUGGAUCGGUGGAUCAGGUACCGAUAUUCGUAGCAAGGCUCGGACUCUUCCCGGACCUGUCAGCAGCCCGAGCGAAUUGCCCAAGUGGAAUUACGACGGAUCGAGCACCGGUCAAGCGCCCGGAAAGGACAGCGAAGUCAUUCUCUACCCCCAGGCUAUCUUCAGGGAUCCAUUCCGCAGGGGAAACAACAUUUUGGUUGUCUGCGACUGUUACACCCCACAAGGCGUGCCGAUCCCCACCAACAAGCGUGCUGCUGCAGCCGAGAUUUUCAGCAACCCUGACGUGGUCAAGGAAGAGCCAUGGUACGGCAUCGAGCAGGAGUACACUCUGCUCCAAAAGGAAGUGAAGUGGCCAAUUGGCUGGCCGCUGAAUGGCUACCCUGGACCCCAGGGACCCUACUACUGCGGGACUGGAGCAGACAAGGCUUGGGGCCGAGACAUUGUGAACGCGCACUACAAGGCCUGCUUGUACGCAGGCAUCCAGAUUGGAGGCAUCAACGGGGAGGUCAUGCCGGGACAGUGGGAGUUCCAAGUAGGUCCCUCCGUCGGCAUCGCCGCCGGCGACCAGCUCUGGGCCGCGCGUUACAUUCUCGAGAGGAUCACGGAAAUCGCAGGAGUCGUCCUUUCGCUCGACCCCAAGCCCAUCGAGGGAGACUGGAACGGGGCCGGAUGCCACACCAACUACAGUACGAAGACCAUGCGCGAGGAGGGAGGCUACGCCGAAAUUAAGAAGGCCAUCGAGAAAUUGGGCCUGAGGCAUAAGGAACACAUCGCUGCGUACGGUGAAGGCAAUGAGCGCCGUCUGACCGGCAAGCACGAGACUGCGUCCAUCAACAAUUUCUCAUGGGGAGUCGCUAACCGUGGUGCAUCCGUCCGCGUUGGCCGCGACACCGAGAAGGAUGGCAAGGGUUACUUCGAGGAUCGCCGUCCCGCAUCAAACAUGGACCCCUACAUCGUCACCUCGAUGAUCGCACAAACAACCCUUCUGAUGAAAUGAAAGCGAAGAUCGGAUGCUGUUUGCUUCUGGGUAGUUAGUGCAGCGAUAGCAGCGGUGUUAUUCAAACUGAGGCGACUGUGUAGAAAGCGAUGUUGAGAAACAAAGCAGCGGGGAGAGAGAGGACCAUGUUGUAUAUGUAUGAUCAUGGAAGGAUAAAUUGGCGUGGCAAUGAGUUCAUAGAGUCCGGCAGGAGAGCCGUACCGAGUAACAUUCACGUGAGCUUGAAAUCUCGCGUCCUCACACGCAUCGUCAUGCGAGAGAGUUGAAGUGAGAGUGUAUUAGCUGCAGCAGCAACCUGAGUGGAGAAAAGGCAUCGCAAGAAGAAGGCGAUCGGCGCUGCGUGGGUCGAUUGGUUUCCUCAAAGAGUUAAUAGGGAAUGUAUGGCAUGCCCCCCAGUCGCCCACAAGGCGUCGCGAGCUCGGAAGAGUAGUAGAAGCAAAAUUGUCUUUAGUUUGAGGUGCCGACAGAACUGAUGAAGCAUUCCCAAGGAGGUUGAUCACGCACGAGUGUUGUGGAGGGCAGCCGAGUAUAGCAGCAUGAAGUACUGAAAUCUGGAAAGCUUCUUAGACCACACCUCUUGUCGGACUGUUCUCGCCGCCAACAAUUAAUAAACAACUCAUUCAAUGGGACUGAUUUUCAUUGUU